AUGGCUACCCAAGGCCUCAGAAUUGAUGGGAUCAGGCUCAGGGACCUCGAGAAUCGCGAAGUCACCUUUCGAGGUAUCAAUGUCGCAGGAGACAGCAAAUUCCCUCGGCAUCCAGACCAGCCAUCUCACGAACCCGAUCGAUUCUUCGAUGCCGACAAUGUCUCUUUUGUUGGUCGGCCGUUCACGGAAGAGGAGGCCCAUGUGCAUUUCGCGCGUCUGAAGAGAUGGGGCUACAAUGCCAUUCGAUACAUAUUCACCUGGGAGGCCUUGGAGCAUGCUGGGCCUGGGAAAUACGACGAGGACUUCAUUGAUCACACAAUCAAGAUCUUGCGCAUCGCCAGAGACUAUGACUUCUAUGUGUUUAUGGAUCCCCAUCAGGACGUCUGGUCAAGAUUCACCGGAGGCUCUGGGGCUCCUCUAUGGACCUUACAUGCUUGCGGUUUAGACCCUGAGACAUUUACUUCGAACCAAGCUGCUCUUGUCCACAACACCUGGUCUGAUCCUGCGAAGUUUCCGAAGAUGCUGUGGCCUACCAACUAUACGCGACUGGCUACUCAGGUCACAUUUACGCUUUUCUUUGCGGGUCGAGACUUUGCCCCCAACGCCAUAAUAGACGGAAAGAAUAUCCAAGACUAUUUGACCGAUCACUUCAUAGCCGCUUGUGCGCAUCUUGCUCAAAGGAUUCACGAUGCUGGUGGGCUAGAGGACGAUUGCAUCAUUGGAUGGGAAUCCAUGAACGAGCCUCAUCGAGGUCUUGUCGGUUGGGAAGACUUGGAUGCCCUUCCGGAAGACUUGAAGAUGAGGAAGGGUACCUGCCCCACGCCAUGGCAGGCGAUGCUUACAGGGGCUGGACGUGCAGUGGAAGUCGAUGUCUAUGACUUCAACACAUUCGGGCCCUACAAGAGUGGUAGAGAACUGGUCGACCCGGAAGGCGUAUCGGCUUGGCUACGACCGGAUUGGGAUGAUACGAGGUACGGUUGGAAGCGUGAUCCAGGUUGGAAGUUGGGCGAAUGUUUAUGGGCCCAGCAGGGCGUUUGGGAUCCAGACAACGACCAACUAUUGAAGAAGGACUACUUUGCAACCAUCCCAAAGUCUGGUAUCAAGCUAGACUACGAAAAGUUCACCAACUUGUACUACAUGGAUCAUUUUCGCAAGUAUCGAGAUGCUCUCCGAGCCAUCCACAAAGACUGCAUCAUCCUGAUGCAGUCGGCUGUUCUCGAGAUACCACCACUUAUCAAAGACACUCCUGAUGAUGAGCAGCGACUGAUAUUUGCUUCUCACUACUAUGAUGGACUUACACUGAUCCAGAAGCAUUGGAACAAAUUUUACAACGUUGACGUCUUUGGCUUACUACGGCAUAAAUAUUCAAACCCUGCAUUCGCGGUCAGACUAGGGCAAACAGCCAUCCGCAACUGCUUGCGAGAUCAGCUUAAAGCGAUUCGUGAGGAGGGUAUCGAACACCUCGGAGAGCACCCUACACUAUUCACCGAGAUCGGCAUUCCAUUUGAUUUGGACGACAAGUACGCGUACAAGACUGGCGACUACUCCAGUCAAAUCUCGUCUCUAGACGCAAACCACUAUGCUCUUGAAGGGUCUGGGGCUCAGGGAUACACUCUGUGGACAUAUGUUGGACAGAACAACCAUCAAUGGGGUGACAUGUGGAAUGGCGAGGAUCUUUCAAUCGUCUCGGUUGACGACCCGCUCUUACCAAAUAGUUCUUCAAUAUCUCGGUUGCCAACUGCCAAUCCCUCCACCAGCUCGUUGGGCCGAAAAUCUGCUUCAUACUCUGGCGAAACGCUGUCCGAAUCCACUACCAUCAAUCCUGCGAAUUUAAGAGAUGCGCUCAAACUUCCAGAAAUCACGCAGAAACCGGCGUCCACAUCAGCCGACAAUGCCGGUCUGCGGGCAGCAGAAGCCUACGUUCGCCCAUCACCCAUUGCAACCGUUGGCGAUGUGGUGAAGUACGGAUUCGACUUGAACAGCGUGACCUUUACGUUCAGCUUGGUAGCUAGUCAGGCCACAAAAGAGGAAUACCCUACGGAGAUCUUCCUCCCCGAGUUCCAUUUCCCCCCAGGGAAGACCAGCGUCGAAGUCAGCGGGGGCAGAUGGAGGAUAGAUGUCCUCGACGUGGACGGUGAGGGCAUGCAAAUUAUGAAUUGGUGGCACGGCGCCGGCGAGCAGAGUAUGACUGUCAAGGGUGUCAAGAGAAAGCCCGGAGCGUUGGGAGAAGAAGCAGACGCCGAGGCUGGGUAUUUGGAUACCCUGAAGUCCUCGUUGGAAAGCUGUACUGUGAUGUGA